AUGGGCAACUCACCUACCAGGAGCAACUCGUCUAACAUGAGCAAGUCGCCUGCUGUGAGCAACUUACCCACCGUAGACAACUCUCCGUCUAUGAACAACUCCCCCGACAUGAACAACAUGUCCAGUAUGGAAAAGUUACCUGACAUAAACGGCUCACCCGAUAUGAAUAACUCGUUCACUAUGAACAGUUUACCUGGUAUGGAUACUUUGCCUACCAUGGAUAACUUGCCAGACGCGAACAACUUACCUGCCAUGAACAACUUACCCCCUAUUAACAACUCGGCCGACAACUUGCCUGCUAUUAACAACUCGACCGGUAUGGAUAACUCGAUCGGCAUCGAUAACUCAACUGGCAUGGGCAACUUACCUGAUAUAAACAACUUGCCCGGCGUCAACAGCUUGUCGGACACGGAUAGCUUACCCACCAUGGGCAACUCGCCUGCCAUGAGCAGCCCAUCUACCAUAAACAACAACUCCACUAUCGGAAUUGACUGUACACCUCUCUAUGGCGGCUGCGCCUGCGGUUAUGCUCGCUACAGAAUCACCGCACCGUUUCUCCUCGUCCACUGCUGCUACUGCACGGCCUGUCAGCGCCAAACAGGAUCUGCUUUCUCCCUCAACGGGAUCAUUGAAAGAUAUCAUCUAAAGCUAAUGAGCGGAGAACCUCCCUCGAUCGCAGGCACACCCACCGACCCGACCCCUGUUCCCACAGACGUACAACCUGCCUUUGCAGCACUCACCAAUACUAACCCUGCUUCCAAUGUUGUCCUUACCGCUCAAGCCAGUUAUGGUGUAUGUAUCCCGACAGAAUCUGGCGUAGGACAGACAGUUUGGAAAUGCCCAAGAUGUUCUCUUACGACGCAUAGUAGCUAUGCGGAUGGAGGGCCCGCUCUGGCGUAUGUACGCGUUGGGACACUGGAUAGGCCUUGGGAGAUCAAGCCGGGUGUGCACAUCUACACGCGCAGUCGCCCGAGCUGGCUGGCUGCCAAUGAUGACAAACCGUCUUUUGAUGGUUACUAUCCUAACCGGGAGGAAUUGAUGACAGAGGUUGCUCGCUUGAGAUAUGAAGCAAUCAAGCCACUGCUGCAGAGAGUCGGGAAAACGAUAGCAUAUGGUUGGUUUGAUGGUCAGCAACAACCCUCAUUAGAAGCACAGUAG